UAUAUUCUUUCGGACUAGUGCCCCUGGCUCUAGGGUUUCUUUCUCCUUUUUUCUUCCACAAAAUUUCCUGGACCCUAUGAUUCAACUAUUUUCGUAUUCUUGGGUUUCUGAGAUUCUUCGCCCAUUGUUGACUCCCAUUUGAGAUCAAGCUCACCGACCUCUGCACGCUGAAUACUUGAGAGAGGCAGAGAGACGGUGCCAGAGACAGAGACAGACAGAGAAUUUACAGGGACAGGGAGUCCAUGAAUAUGGAAGCACGAGUGGGUGUGGUUGUCGAAGGAGGGCAGAGGGCUCUUAGCUCUGCUCACGGGAGCGGCGUCGACAGGAAAUUUCUGCAGCAGCAGCAGCAGCAACAGCACAGUCGCGAAAAAAAUUCACCAAAUCAUCAAUCGCAGAUUGGCACGGUGCAACAGCUUCUAGCUGGUGGUAUUGCGGGUGCUUUCGGUAAAUCCUGCACGGCCCCUCUGGCUCGCCUCACCAUCCUCUUUCAGGUGCAAGGUAUGUGCUCUGAUGUUGCAGCACUGAGUAAGGCUAGCAUAUGGCAUGAGGCUUCUCGAAUUAUCAAUGAAGAAGGGUUCCGAGCCUUUUGGAAAGGCAAUCUGGUUACGAUUGCUCAUCGUCUUCCUUAUUCUUCAGUCAAUUUCUAUGCUUAUGACCGCUAUAAGAAUUUGAUGCAUUCAAUUAUUGGGGAAAAUCGUAGAGGUACUACAAGUGCGAACCUUUGUGUGCACUUUGUAAGCGGUGGAUUGGCGGGGAUAACAGCUGCCUCUUCUACAUAUCCCCUUGAUCUUGUGAGGACACGACUUGCAGUACAGACAAAUGCAACUUACUACAGAGGUAUCUGGCAUGCAUUUCAUACCAUUUGCAGAGAUGAAGGUUUUAUGGGCUUGUAUAAAGGACUAGGAGCAACACUUUUGGGUGUUGGACCAAGUAUAGCCAUAAGCUUUUCUGUUUAUGAGACCUUGAGAUCUUUUUGGCAGUCUCAAAGGCCCAAUGAUUCCACUGUCAUGGUCAGUCUUGCUUGUGGCAGUCUUUCAGGCAUUGCUUCAUCAACUGCAACAUUCCCUUUGGAUCUUGUGAGGCGAAGGAUGCAGUUGGAAGGGGCAGGUGGACGAGCCCGUGUCUAUAAUACUGGCUUGUUUGGGACAUUUGGGCACAUAAUCCGGAAUGAAGGCCUCCGAGGCUUGUAUAGAGGGAUUAUGCCCGAAUACUACAAGGUUGUUCCUGGGGUAGGCAUUGUCUUUAUGACCUAUGAGACUUUAAAGACGCUUCUAUCACAAGCCCCAGGAAGCUUUUAAUUGCUGAUGAAGUUUCCCAUUUUCUGCAUUGAUUGUUCCCAUCAAAUUCAUAAUCUCACUUUUUUCCAACAUGGGAAGGUAAGAAAGAGAACGAAGUUCAUAGAAGAUACGGUGUUGGAAGAAUAAUAGUUUUGUGGUGUCCGUUGAGAAUUGAGAUAUCAUGUGGCGGUAAAUUUUGUCCUUGCUGACACGAGACCUCAUUUUUUUGGUUGUGUAUAGCUAGUUAGCGCAAUGAGUCAUACAAGUGUACCCAAAUCCAAUGAUUAAGUCCUAACAUAUUAUAGUUGGUGAUUAUAUAAUCACUACAGUUUUGUUA